AUGUAUAAUAUCGCAAAAGUGGCCAAGGGGGAGAUAUUACUCUACUUCAACGAUAUAUUUGAUGCUCUGUGCAAGCUAGCAUCGGAUUCAGAACUGUCGGUGAAGAACGGCGCAGAGCUUCUCGAUCGAUUGAUAAAAGACAUCGUUGCUGAAUCUGCAGCGUCUUAUGUUUCUGCGUUAGAGGCCUCACGCCCGGACAUAUCAGACGAAGAGGAUGGAAAAGACGUGGACGAGCUUGAGGACAUACCCACGGCAUUUUCACUUGCAAAGUUCAUUCCUCUGCUUCAAGACAGGAUCUAUGUUCAAAACCCUUUUGCUCGGAAUUUCCUAGUCUCCUGGCUUACAUUAUUGGACACAAUACCCGAUCUUGAGCUUGUUACUUACCUGCCAGCAUUCUUAGGAGGCUUGUUCAAAUUUCUAAGUGAUACAAAUCGGGAUGUGCAUACUGCUACCCAAGGGCUUCUGGAAAGGUUUCUCAAUGAGAUAAAACGAAUAGCAAGAGUUAAAAAAGGCAUUGCCGAAAGUCGUCGUGACCAUGAGAGCGGACAGUCGAAGAUAUCUGCCAGUGAUAGUAAGAGUGUCGACUCCGAAUUGAGCAUUUCGCAUGCUGUGAGUGACAAUGCCAUUGCGGACUCCGAGUCUGCUACUGCGAAUGACGACCAUCUUAACAACCCAUAUGGUGACUGGGUGCCAGGUCAGGAUGUUCAUGUUGACCACUCGAGGAUACUGGAAAUUUUAGUCAAUUUUGUCGAUACAAACUCUGGUAAGCACCCUUACUUAUCCUUAUAUUAUGUUUUAUCCAACUACUUACAGUUCUUUGCCGGCGUUACAGAGGAUGAAAUCCAGUUAACCGCACUUCGUUGGAUUGAUAGUUUCUUCGAAAUCAGUCCUGCAGACAUGCUGCAAUUUGUUCCAAGGCUCUUGUCACAAGUACUUCCAACUCUGUCAAGCGGCUCAGAUGAAGUACGGCAAGCAGCCAACCGUGUCAAUAACUCUCUUAUGCAGCAUAUUGUCUCUCUGACCGAAGAUGCGCCUCAAAAUGAGCCACCCAAGACAUCUCCUCCCCUUGCGGCUGUCCAAGCUAGUGGUAAGGAAGGGGAGGGCCGCCGAACACCCACUCCUGUUACAAGACAGGCGUCGAUAGCGUCCAGCGAUACACGCAAACAAACAUCACGGCCGGCAUCCAGGACGGAGCCAGCUCCUGCACUAGCAUCUCAACCAUCAGAGCAAGCCUCGGAGCAGACAUCAGACCUAGACUAUGCUGCUGCAGUUAAUGCUCUGACUCUUCAGUUUCUGAAUGAAAAUGAAGCCACAAGAGUUGCUGCAUUGGCAUGGCUCAUAAUGCUUCACCGAAAAGCCCCCCGGAAAGUUCUUGCUUUCCAUGACGGAACCUUUCCUGCACUCCUUAAAACACUAUCAGACCCGGCAGAAGCUGUUGUCACCCGAGACUUACAGCUUCUAUCCCAGAUAUCUCGAAAUAGCGAAGAUAGUUAUUUCGCAUCAUUCAUGGUGGAUCUCCUCCAAUUAUUUUCGACGGAUAGGAAACUCCUUGAAGGUCGUGGUAAUCUCAUCAUCCGGCAACUUUGUAUGAAUCUGAGUCCAGAAAGAAUAUAUCGAACACUGGCAGACUGUCUCGAGAAGGAAGAGGUAAGGCCUCCAUUUUCUCCAUUCAAUGACAUCGAGUUUGCCAGUAUUAUGAUCCAGAAUCUCAAUAACAACCUCAUAACCGCUCCCGAACUUGCCGACCUCAGGAAACGGCUAAGAAAUCUAGAAACCAAAGAUGGUCAAAUGUUUUUCGUUGCGCUCUUUAGGUCAUGGUGUCACAACUCUGUAGCCACAUUUUCCUUGUGUUUGCUUGCUCAAGCUUAUGAACAAGCAUAUAACCUUUUGCAGAUAUUCGCUGAGUUAGAAAUGACGGUCAACAUGUUGAUUCAAAUAGACAAACUGGUUCAGCUACUUGAAUCGCCCGUGUUUACCUACCUUCGUCUGCAACUUCUCGAGCCUGAUAAAUAUCCAUAUUUAUAUAAAUGCCUGUACGGCCUUUUAAUGCUGCUCCCACAGAGCUCCGCAUUUGCAGCACUGAAGAAUCGCCUCAAUAGUGUCAGUAAUAUUGGAUUGCUGUAUGCUGGAAUGCGGCCGCCAACUUUGACUGGAUCGACAAGCACCGGGCCGUAUGAACGGUCCGGACGACUUAAGUCCCGCGAGGAGAGCGUCAUCCGAUGGGCUGAUCUGCUCGAAAAAUUUAAGAGCGUCCAGGAGCGAUCGAGAAGAUCUCAACGCAGAUCCCAGAGAGAUCUUGAAAUAGACAGGAACGGGAUAUCAACUUCAACCAUGGCCACAGCAUCGCUUCCACUGUAUGAGCCAAAUAGCAGUGGUAUCGACAGGACGCUUUCCGACAUUCCGGUCGGCGCCCUCGGAAUCGGAAAUGGUGCCCGACGUGCAGGAGCUCAGGGCGAUUCUCUCGGGACCCAAAAGGGCGGAUCGACGGCGAAAUCAAAGACGCCUCUUGGUACAUUUGGUCGGUUGAGCGGAAUUGGGCAAAGGAAAUCAAAGAAGUGA